UCUCAGCGUCUAGUAUCCAUCCGAAUCUACACUAGAAAGUGUCUGUCAGCUGUUGAUCACCAACAAGUUAUUCGACUUUUCGCUGCUCGUUUCGGGACUUCGCUAAAACAUGUUGGGACGUACGCUCAGCAAUAACCGUGAAUAAUCCCAGGCUCUACUCAGACCAGUGUGUUCAGAAAUCUCCAAAACAAAUCGAAAGUUCCCGACUAGUUGAUACUUUAAUCGCCUUUCUUCACUUUCACUCGGCGUACGAAGUUGGUGUUUGUUAUCUGUUGGAAAAUUCACUUGGAAAAUCGUUGGAAAAUGACAGAGGAACGAGCUGUUUUACUACACUUGCCUCCCAGCAAACCCAUUCACAUAUCGUUCACUGACAUCACUCUCACCGUCGACUUGGGAACUGUAAGAAAAACGAAAAAGCAAGUGCUGAAAGGUCUCGCUGGGAGUUUCAACUCAGGAGAGCUGACGGCCAUAAUGGGUCCAUCGGGUGCUGGGAAAUCAUCGCUACUCAACAUCCUAACCGGCUUUCAGAAACAAGGCAUGACUGGUACAAUAACAACGAGCGGAGCUGGAAAAAUAGAAAACUAUUUCAAAGAUGGCGUCAACACAAAACAGUCAUGUUACAUCAUGCAAGAUGAUCAACUGAACCCUCUGUUCUCAGUUUUUGAAAUUAUGUCGAUGGCUGCAGAUUUAAAAUUGAGUCCAGCUAUAUCACAGAAAUCGAAGAUACUUAUUAUUGACGAUAUUUUGGAGACAAUUGGUCUGAUGGGUUGUAAGUACACACGGUGUGGCAGAUUAUCGGGAGGCCAGAAGAAAAGGUUGUCGAUUGCUCUGGAACUUGUAGACAAUCCUCCGAUCAUGUUUCUAGAUGAACCAACGACAGGAUUGGACAGCUCAAGCACGGUUCAACUGGUUUCUCUACUAAAAUGUUUGGCAAGAGGCGGAAGAAAUAUAAUUUGCACAAUCCAUCAGCCGAGCGCAACAAUCUUUGAAAUGUUCGACCAUGUUUACCUCAUCAAUGGCGGACGAUGUGUGUCAGGCUCUAGCAUCAACUUGGUCAAAUUUCUGCAGUCAAUCAACAUUCCUUGUCCCAAGUACCAUAAUCCUGCCGAUUUUGUAAUGGACGUGAUAAGUGGAGAAUUCGGUGACCACACUGACAGGAUGAUAGAUGCAUCUCAGAACAGCAAUUGGAGGGCUCCGCCACCUGUUAUCAGAGCACAAUUAAAAAAACGAACUUCGGAUGAUAUUGAAAAAGUGAAAAUGAUGGGCUUCCCGGUAACACCGCCAGAAAUUCUAAGGUUAUGGGUCCUCAUCAACCGAUGCAUUAUCCAACUGUAUAGGGAUUGGACUGUAACACACUUGAAAAUGAUAAUGCACUUCCUUGUCGGCGUAGUGAUGGGCCUCAUUUUCAACAAGUGUGGCAACGAUGGUAGUCUUAGUGUAAAUAACGUAGGCUUCUUCCUGUGCACAAACGUAUAUCUGAGCUACACCUCGAUAAUGCCAGCUAUUUUAAAAUUUCCCUCAGAGCUCCACAUACUGAAGAAGGAGCAAUUCAAUAACUGGUAUAAGCUCUCUACCUACUACAUUGCAUUCCUACUCACUAAUAUUCCUGUACAGAUGAUGCUAUGCACUGUGUAUGUGUCAGUCUCGUACUACCUGACGCAUCAGAUCCAAGAGUGGCCGCGUUUCGCCAUGUUCUUGGCUGUCAAUCAAUUCUCAGUCAUCAUAUCAGAGUUCAUCGGCCUAGCACUUGGAACAACUAUAAAUCCUGUGAACGGACUUUUCACAGGCUCCGUCCUAUUCUGUUUCAUGCUGCUAUUCGGAGGCUUCCUGGCUCUCUACAAGCAUAUGACACUGCCACUCUACUUAAUCUCGUUUCUAAGCUACAUGCGUUACACCAUGGAGGGGAUGGUGCUCUCAACAUACGGCUUCCAACGUCCACUACUGGACUGUCCAAAGAACUACUGUCACUACAGAAUACCCUCCGUCGUACUGGACGAAAUCGACAUGAAAGAAGACCAUUAUUGGUGGGACGUGAUUAUUCUAAUCAGUAUGUGCGUUUUCUUCUCGUUUCAUGCGUAUGUCACCCUGAAACGACGCGUUAUGCAUAGGUUAUAUACGAAUCACACAUGCCGACAGUUUAUCAGAAUGACUUCAGUGAUAGAUUGUUGUUCCUCUCCGAAAGACAAUAAUUUAUGUUUAACGUUCAGUGAGCUGUCGCAUGAAGUCAGAUGUGGUGAGGGGUUUCGAUUCAUGAGAGACAGAAAACGCUUACUACAUGGAGUUUCUGGGGAAUUCCUAUCCGGAGAGCUUACAAGCAUUAUUGGUCCAUCAGGAUGUGGAAAAACCACGCUCAUGGAUAUCCUAUCUGGUUACAUACAAUUGCAGACAGGAUCGAUUCAUUUGACUGGAGCUGAGAAAAAUAAAAAGAUUAGAUGCAGUUACAUAAUGCAAGACGAUAUUCUGCAGCCUCUACUAACUGUCAAUGAGAUGAUGGAGUUUGCUGCUAAACUAAAGAUUAAGUCAAGGAGUCUUCAGAAGAAGAAAGUCAAAGAUAUUUUGAAUACAGUUGCGCUCUCAGACAAAUUGAGUACACAAGUCAAUAAACUGUCUGGAGGUGAAAUGAGAAAACUGUCAGUGGCUGUCGAGCUUAUCACUGAGCCAUCAAUCAUGUUCCUAGAUGAACCUACCAGUGGAUUGGACAUAUCGUCGGCAGAGAAAUGCAUGUCGGCAUUGAAGGAAGUGGCUGGCAGAGGGGUGAUGGUGGUCUGCAGCGUGCACCAGCCCAGUGGCUCCAUGUGGGACAUGUUUGAUCACGUCUAUGUGAUGACCAGUGGAAUGUGCACGUUCCAGGGUUGUCCCAAGAGAUUGAUGGAUUACCUGCACUCACUAGCUCUCACCUGUCCCAUGAAUUAUAGCCCGGCUGACCAUAUUCUAGAAAUUACUCUUGAAGAAUAUGGAAAUAAUCUUUCACGAUUGGUGAGUGCAUCUAGAAAUGGAGCAAAUAAAGAAUGGAGACGAAGCAACAAACAAAUCCCUGAUGAAGGUGAUAUCUCGCUUUGUGAUUCAGAAAAGUCAAAAGUUUCAUCCUAUGGAGUGGAAAGGCUUCCAAUAUCCUCCAUAAUGAGACAAAAAUGCUAUUCGCCUCCAUUUGUGGUUCAAUGCAUUGUUUUAUUGGAGAGAGGUGCAAAAAGUCUGUGUAAUUCAAAUAAUGUAAGUAUUAGGCUUUUGCUAAUAUCGCUAUAUUGCUAAGAAAAAUAAUUUUUCCUACAGUUACGUUGAAAAGUGGCCAUUGCUGCACUGAUUACAGAACGCAAAGAAUCACUUUUCCGCUCUAGUGCGGGAAAAAUUUUCUGCACUCCAGAUUUGCAACAUGGCAACGCAAAAUACUUA